UGCAGACAAAGUAUGUGCCGUUUCGCAGUAUGAUGGUGAAAACAAAGACGAUUCAGUAAUCUACUUUCGAUUGAACAGAUCCACUUUCGAUCCCUCACAUCUGAAUUCUACUUUGUCACUACCAUCAUGCCUAUACCUGCCACCUUCCACAAUGGCAAGAAGACGUUCACGGUUCUAGAGAACAAUCCCGAGGUCAUGAAUGCGCUAGCUAAGAAGCUUGGUCUUUCCCCCGAUCUCGCAUUCUACGAUGUCUACUCUCUUACUGACCCAGGUCUUUGGUCCAUGAUCCCCCGUCCAGUCCAUGCUCUCCUGGUCAUCUUCCCGCUCACUCCUUCCUGGAACACAUCUCGUCUAAUUGAGGACAGCCCAUUACCUGUCUACAAGGGCUUUGGCCGGGACGAGCCCGUGAUCUGGUUCAAGCAAACGAUUGGACACGCCUGCGGUUCUAUCGGGCUUCUUCACUGUCUUAUCAACGGGCCUACGAAAGAGUUCAUUUUACCAGGUACGACGUUGUCUCGACUGCGGGAUCAGGCUCUUCCACUAAAGACGGAAGAACGGGCGAAGGUACUGUAUGAUGACAAAGAGUUCGAGGAUGCGCAUCAGAGUGUUGCAGAAAUGGGUGACACGGCUGCACCCAGUGCUUCAGAGGGGGAAAGAUUGGGACAGCAUUUCGUGGCGUUUGUGAAAGGGGACGAUGGUCAUUUGUGGGAGUUGGAAGGCAGCAGAAAAGGGCCGCUCGAUCGAGGCUUGUUAGCCGACGACGAGGAUGUGUUGAGCGAGAAUGGGAUCGCAAAGGGUAUAGGUAAAGUGAUCAGGAUGGAAGAAGAAGCUGGCGGCGGCGACUUGAGGUUUAGCUGUAUUGCGCUUGCAAAGGCAUACUAACGGAAUAUGAGAAUAUUGGGAUGCAUUUGUGGUAAGGGAGCCUAUCACGGCGCCGGCGAUUCUAUUCCCAGAACGGACAUGGCAAGGGUGAAGCCCCCGGCUGGAUCCUGUUCCUUGACUUUACCAUACGUCGAACCAAUCAAAUGCAAAUUUUCAUACCAAACUAAUCUCACCUUACUAAAUGCAUCGCCCCCACGGGACUUGGGCGAGUUCAAUUUAUGAUAGCAUAGCAAGCCGCUGUCCCAUCGAAUCAACAAUUGGUUUCGCGACUUUAAUAGAUGAUAUCUUGCAGCUUUUCAAUGGACUUGACCAAAACCAUGUCAUUGUUGAUCUUCAAACUAUGUCACCAUUCGUCUUGCAUCUGAUUUAUAAGGCUGCAGCUAUUUUGACUUCUAGAAUACAAUCAGAAGUUGAACCAGAAUCAAUGUUACGAAAAUUAAGAACACUGCGGGAGAUUUUGAAGUUGAUGAGUCGGGGAUGGCUUGCCGGGGGUAAAGUAGCUGAACUGGGAUGGAAAUUGUAUUAACACUGACUUCUUAUAAAACGGUAACUUCAAAUACUAGAUGAAAAUACAACACUAAAGAUGCUGAAGGCAACUAAUAAAGCAUGAUGGCAGCCCAGAUGGAGAUGGACUACGAUAGUAUGGAGUACGUUGAAUAGCAG